AUGCUGGAAAGGACUGGUGAUUGGAUCCAUCGUGACUUGAAGGACGUCACACUCGGAAAAGCAGAAGCAGAGUGUGGAGAUAGCCAUUUCUGUGUGGCCCAACUCCCUCCAACAUCCACCCUCCACACCAGAGAUUCCGCCACAAUGCUUGCACGAAGCGCCCUAUGUCCCGCGAGGACCUUUGCAAACCGCUACCCGCCCGCCAUCAUCGCCCCUAUCUCCGCAGCGACAGCGUCCUUCUCCACGUGCACACGAUCUAGCAAAGCCUCACAAUCGCGCCCCAGCUCUGUCGCAGCGCAGCGCGCCUUCCCCAGCAAAUUUGUCGUGCGGAAUGCGACAUCGGCGUCCUCGCAAGCUACAGGCCGUGCCCCACCAGCAGCGCAACCGAAACUCACAUGGAACGACUUCUUCGCACUUCGACGAACACGCCGAAGGAUCGGGCAGGGGUGUUCCGUAGUAGGCGCCGUUGGAGUCACUUACUACGGCCUUACCACCAUGAUGGCGAACGGCUAUGAUGCCACGCUGUCUGCGCAGCUUGGUGGCCUGGACCCCUUCAUGCUGAUGGGAUUGAGCACGAUUGGCAUGAUGGCAGUGGGGUGGUUGAUUGGGCCCAUUUUCGGCAACCAGCUCUUCAGCCUGGCAUAUCGAGGCGUACUGGCAGAAUUCACUGCGAAAGACUCGGGCUUCUUCAACCGCAUCAAGCGCCACCGAGUUGAUCCCACCGCGUCCUCCCUCGCGAACCCGCCACCAGACUACUACGGCGAGAAGAUUGGCAGCGUGGCCGGCUACAGGCGGUGGCUCAAGGACCAGCGAGCUUUCAACCUCAAGACCGGCAGGUACCGAGGCGGAAAGUCGGCGUAAAAGAACGCUUACGACGAUUCUAUUGGCAUGCCGCCCACCGAAUACACGGUCAUGCACAAGAAAACGGCUUCAUUUAGACAUUGCGGGAUAACUGGGACGUGGGUGCUCUCAGCAACGCAGUAUGAACGGCAGAGUAUCUACAGGCAUUUUCUUUUCUUUGUAAGUUUAAGGGUAGCGAUCGUAUUUUCAGGCUUACCAGCACAACGGCGGUUCACAGCCAGAUUUUCCUAGAGUUCGAAAAAUAUCCAAUGGCUGCAUGUCGCUAUUGUACUUGUACCAUGUACUCGAUGAUGCAUGAAUCUCCGAUCUCCGGGAUCUCGCUUCUUUCAAAAA